GGGGGGAGGAAGGUCACCAAUGCCGAUCACCUGUUGCUCCCUCUGCGGGCCCCUCCCUUCCGUGCUGACGAAUCCCCUUCUUCCUCCCCGGAGCCUUGGCGGGUGGAGCGGCUCCUCCGUCGCGGCUGCCCCUUCUGGACGCCUCCGGAAGGUUCCGGCGCUCCUUGUCAGAGCCUCGGUGGUCGAUUCAUCCGAGAGCUCUUCCAGCUUCGCCAAGCGCAUGGAGCGCGCCUGGCUCAUCUCUCAGCAGCCAACUCCAAUUGCUUGCUCUUCUUGUGGAUCAAAUGGCUCUGUUGAAUGCAAGUGGUGUGCUGGUACUGGCUUCUUUAUCCUUGGCAAUAAAAUGCUAUGUGAAGUACCUUCUAGAAAUACCACCUGUGUUAUAUGCAUGGGAAAGGGUUCUGCUUCUUGCCCUGAUUGCAAAGGCACAGGCUUCCGUGCAAAAUGGUUGGAGGAACCUCGGCCCCCCUCUGAAUAGACCGCUCCCAUCUAUGUUCUAUGAUGAUUUGUAGAUAAUAUAAUUUUGAUGACUGUUACAGAAUCUAACUAUAAAGCCUUUGCUGCAAGACUGGCUGCUUCAAAUUGUUUACUAAUGAGAAAUUCUUUUUUGAUGGCACAUCAAAUAUUCAUCUAAUCGUUUCAAGUUCUCUGGUUAA